CCAGAAGCAGUCCGGCAGUUUGACCUGUAACUGAGCCAAGUUACGCCUCCUGCGCUGCUCCAGCCCGAUCCCAGCCACAUUCUCAGCGCUGAGCCCUUUGAUCGCUUUCAGAGAUGUCUUUGAGUGAGAAAAGUGUUGAGGAGAUCAGCAAGUUGCUUGAUGACUAUGGCAUUAAGCAUGGACCCAUAGUAGACUCUACUAGAAAGCUGUAUGAAAAGAAGCUUGAAAAGGCCAUGGAGACCUCUCCAGUGAAAGCCUCCUCUGAUAAGACCUUCUACAGAGAGGAAGAGGAGGAAAUUACCUACAUCACAUACCACAGUCCGGUUCGACACGAGGGUUAUGCAGAUAUGCUGAAACGGAGAGGUAACGCUGAGCCGGAUGAAGAUGAGGAAUUAGACCAAGAUAUAGAGCCCCCCAUCCAGGUGACUAACAGAACAGCCAAUCACAGUGCAGUACGAUCCAAGAAGCCGGUCACAAAGUCUGGAGGCAGCAUGUGGAAGGUGAUUCGGAUGCUGCUGCUGUUAGCUGUGUUAGCAGCUGUCCUCUACUACGCCUACUGCCACGUGAUAAACAAUGAAAAAAAAUCAGUGAUCUGACUUGUUAUUUGGAUGUCAGGGGUUUUUCUUAAGGCAUUUCUUCUCCAUUAAUGUUUAAGUGGAGUUUACUGUUAUUGUUGUUGUUUAAUUGUUUUCUUGCUUCAACACACAGUUUGAAAACUGUGGACCUUAGAAAUGCUAAUAAUACCACAUUCCAUAACCUUUUAAAGGGUGGCACUAAUUACAUGAACUUUUAAAGGUCAUGGAAUUAGGAAAUAGUUCCCAGCAAAUGCACUGGGUAACAUUUGCUGAAAACUACAGUGCCCUGGUGUUUAAUGAAAUUACUGAUUAAAUUACU